AUAGAUUUUAAACCUCAAACUCAAUCACAAACAACAGAAAAAACAACAAAAAAACCGAAAAAAUCCAAGCGUGAUGCUGAUACACCGACACCCGAAGAUGUAUGUGAAGAAUUAAAAGAUGGUCAAUGGCCUGAUCCAUCCGAUUGUAAAAGUUACUUUUUAUGUCGUGGUGUUGGCAGCCAGUGGGGUGAACAAAAACGUGAAGUGUGCUAUACUGGUGCUUACUUUGAUCCAAAUGAAAAAACAUGUAAAUGGAUUGGUUUAGAUAAGCUUAAUUGUGAAGAACUUGUCGAAGGUUAUGAAAAUCCAGUAGCUGGUGUUACACGAUCUUCAAAUAAAGGAGACGAUGAUGACGAUGAUACAGAUGAUGAUGAUAGUCCAAGCGAUGCAGGUCCAACAAAAUCAAAGAAAGAAUCCAAAGGAUCAUCAUCAAGCAAAUCAAUAUCAAUAUUAAGUCGAACAACAUCUGAAUUUGAAACAUGUACACAAGAAAAAGCAGUUGAAUUUGAUCCUGUACAAGGUAUGCUUUGCUACUCUUGCGACAGUCAGAAGGAGAACAGCGAUUGUCAAAUGAAUCCGAAUCAGACAACAUCAACGAUGUGCGAAACGAAACAACAAAUAUGCUACAGCAAAAGAACCACAAACGCCGCAGGAAAACUACUACAAUUCAGUCGGGGUUGUUCAACGCCUCCACCAUCGACGGGCAAUCUCACACAACAACCACAAUGCUUAUCAAGCAAAGCAGAAGGCAAGACUAUAUGCGUGAAAUAUUGUCAAACGAGUUUAUGCAACAUCCAGGAUAUAAGCGAUGGCGCCAUAGCCGUUUCAGUCAGUCAAAUUACACGCGUCGUCUAUUACCUUUUAGCCCUAUCAAUAGUUGUCAUAUCAACACAUCAUCAUUGUUAA